GGGGAGGAGAGCUCAACUAGGAUCUCUAUUUUUCUCUGUGGUUUUCACUUGUAAUAUCGAGCAGCAGCACACUGACAUGGUUAUAUUAACCACCCUGCCACAGCUGCACUGGUGAGCUUCUCGCGGAUCUCUCAGAAUGGGCUCUGACGGAGAUUAUUUCUAUUAUUAUGAAAAUGAAACUAACUUAACUUUCAACGAUUCUUUCCAUUUGCCCGUGUGCUCUGACUCCAAUCUCCAUGGCUCCCACAUUUUCUUGCCCCUACUGUACUACAUCAUAUUUUUCACAGGAUUUUUGGGCAACCUCUUUGUGAUCUCAGUUGUGGGCGCCAAAGGUAAGAGGAAUGCUCGUCUGGUGGACACCUUUGUUGUCAACCUGGCAGUAGCUGACCUCGUCUUCGUCUUCACCUUGCCGCUGUGGGCCAUCUCUGCCAGCCAGAACAACCACUGGAACUUUGGGAAUGCCGGAGACUCACUGUGCAAGCUGAGUAGCUACAUUAUUGCUGUGAACCGCUUCUCCAAUAUCUUCUUUCUUACCUGCAUGAGCAUCGAUCGCUACAUGGCCGUGGUGAAUCUGAUGGAUUUGAGGUACCUCAGGAGCAGUCUGUGCAUUCGUGUCACUUGUGCUGCAGUGUGGUUUAUCUCCCUGUUGCUCGGCAUCCCAUCCCUGGUCUUCAGAAAGGUGAUCGUACAAGAUGAUGAUAUGUCCUACUGUGUGGAAGAGUCCACAACUUUCUUAAGAGUCAUGAACCUGCUCAUGGCGUUACUCACCUUUGUCUUUCCAGUGUUAAUAAUUGUGCUCUGCUAUGGUACCCUCAUCAUGCACCUCAACAAGCACUGUGUCACUGCUGGAAAUCCUAGAGCUGAAGCCCGCCGCCGACACUCCCUGAAGAUGGUCCUCUGCAUCAUAGUGGCCUUUGUGGUGUCCUGGCUCCCCUUCAACAUCUUCAAAACCAUCACAAUUGUCUGGGAACUUGUCUGGGAUAAGAGUUGUCAACCCCUCUGGCAAAGGGCCGGGCUUGUCCUCUCAUGCUGCCUGGCUUUCUUCAACAGCUGCGUGAAUCCGGCUAUCUACUUUUUCCUGGACCAUCACUUCAAGCGGCGAGCUAAAUACAUGUACAACACCUGCCUCAGAACAUCCAAGAUUCAGCACAGCUACAACUCCUCAGCCUCCUUCACCAACGCUGGCACUUCGGAGAGCUACGGCACAACUGGUGGGAGAACUCAGCUUCAGAUGUUUGUGUAGGAGGAGAGGGCUGAUGAUUAUCUUUAACUUUCAAGGUUGAAAAGUCAUUGUUUUAUUAGUCCUUCAACUUGAGGUUCAGUUUCAUUAAUGUCUCAGGGGACACUUACACAGGAAAAUCAGACACAUGAUAAAGGAAAAUUUGUUAAGAUGCCGUUGUUAAUUACAGUUCUCACUGUACACACACAGAACAAUAGUGUGUAUAAUAUCUUUUCUUUUUGUACAUUUCAUUUAUGCUUAUUUUGUACACGUACCAAAGUGGCUGUUUAUAUUGCUCCUGCUGAUCUGUAUAUGAUCACAUAUGUGUGUUUCAGUAUUCAGUGAUGUCUUGUUUGUAUGGAAAUCCUUAUCAUAUAUGCAUUUAGCAUUAAUUUAGCACAGUUGAAAUAAUUAAGAUGUAAAUACCAUUUAACCAUUUAGUUGAUAUAUUUUAUUAUUUUGAAUUUUGUGCUUUUAGAAUUUGAAUGAAGUUGCUAUUUGAAAAAUGUGUGAGUUUUUGUAGAUGUAUACCAAUAUAAAGUAUAUAUAUAUAUAUAUAUAUCCUUUCAAAAUAAAGAUUUAAAAACA